GGCGGCUUAGAUGUAACACUUUGCGCCACCUGCUGGCGAAUACUCAUCAAACGAAGGGGAGAAAACUUACCUAGUUACUAUCAACUUCCACGAUGCCAUCACCAAGUACCUUAUCAAAUUGGUCAAUGUAUAGAUUACUUGAAUUAUCAUCAGUUAACUGCCUAUUUGUAAUUGAUACCAUUAAAUAUUUAUACCCACAAUUGAAUUCAAGUUGUCGUGAUCACUGUAAAAUAAAUAAACUGCAAGACUUCCACAAACAAUUUUCAGCUAUAAACUCAAUUCAUAGUUGUAAAAAUUUUGAAAAUAUUAAAGAACAUGAUUUUGAUUGGUUUAUUAAAUUAUAUUCCAAGGUCAAUUCUUCAGAGAUAUGUAGCAGCCCCUCAAAGGGUGAUAUUUUCCAGUUAUGCCAAAAAACUAACGAAGAUUUCAGAAUACUGUUGAAGCAGUUAGUUGAACAAUAUUCUUGUCUGCGCUUAGAACAAAAAUUUGAUGUAAAAAAACGGUUAGCUUUAUUAAAAUUAUUCCACCAGAAUAUGCUUGAGCUUCAAAGCAAUGCAGAAUUCAAUAUAGAUAAAGAGAUGAAGUCUCCUUUUACUUGGUCUGACAUAGAGCCAUUGAACCAAAAUUGUUCUGAAUCUAAUUCAAAGACACUUCAUCCAGUUAGUACAACAAAAGGAAUAAUUUUAAACUUGCAAGAUAAUGUUACACAGAAAUGUUUAGAUGCUCAACAACUAUUAAACAAUACAUCACCUAGUUCAUCAUAUAUUCAAAUUGCAACACAGAAUGCUCCAGUGGAUACACUAAAUAAACACUCAGAAAGUGGAGAUAAUAUGAUAGUUCAAAAAAUAUCUAUUAAUAAACCAAAUAAAAUUAUCCAGAGAGAGAUUGACAGAUUUGUUUCUAAGGUGUGUAGAAAGAAUAAAUUAUUGCUUCUUGAGAUAAAUGAGAACUCAACUAUACGAUAAAAGCAUAAAUCUUGCUACACCUUUAACUCAUGAAGAUGUAUAUCAUAUUAAUUCUGAAAAGAAGGAAGUUGCUUUGUCAAGAUCAAAAAAAAAAGACAGAUUCAAAUUGAAAAAAAUUCUAAAAUUCUUGCUGAAAAGAUUCAAAGAUAAAAUUAUGGAAAAAAAGCAUAAACAAGUACAAAUGUAAACAAUUGCAUAAAAGAACUCAACCUUGUAAAAUGCUUGUUUUUAAAACAAAAACCCAAUACCUCUGAUUUCCUCUUAAAUUUUAUUUUUUUCCAAUUUUAUCUAGUGAUUUAAUUUGUUACUUUCAUUUUGGUGCAAGUUCAAUUUUUUUAUAGAGGAGAGACAGUCAAACAAGUCUACUACCUUACUGUUGCCUUGUUACUAUCCUAGAGACACUGAGUUUAUAUACUAUAAAAAAUCAGGGAUAACCCAUUGACGUUUGUAUUAAUGCCACUUUUAUGGAUAUUUUUUUUUUUAAUAUAUCUUGUUCUUGUUGCUAUAUUCUCUCAGUAAAUUUCUAUAUUUUUCAUUCUUAUUUAUGAACAAUAAAGUCUAGAUCCCGAA